AUGAACACCACCCGAACUGUGUGCACAACAUCUUUAGCGCCCAGCCUUAGCAGGGCCAUUCAUCAGACACUUUGUUCACAAUCGUCCAAGCAUGCCCUCAGAGCUAGUUACUCGAUUGGACUCAACGCAAACAGACAAUUCUCGACAAGUAGGCAAUCACAUAUCGAGUUCUUCCCACCAGCCAAAGAGACACAAAACAUCAAGUACACACCACCAGCAUGGCCACAUCCAGAGAUAACGGAGAAGCAGCUGAACGGCAUCGAAGCUUUUGUACAUCGUGACUGCCAGACUCUAUCUGAUAAGGUUGCCUACGGGAUGGUCAAGACAGCCAGAUUCUGGAUGGAUUUGUUCUCUGGCUAUCGACACGAUGAAACAAAACCAUACGUGAUGAACGAACGCAAAUGGUUCACACGCUUCAUCUUCCUCGAGACAAUCGCAGCUGUACCGGGCAUGACUGCAGGUAUGCUCAGACACUUCCGCAGUUUACGUCGAAUGAAACGUGACAAUGGCUGGAUCGAAACUUGUUUAGAGGAUGCUUACAACGAGCGCAUGCAUCUGCUCACCUUUAUGAAGAUGGCCGAGCCAGGCUGGUUCAUGAAGAUGAUGAUCCUGGCUGCGCAAGGUGUCUUCGCUAAUGGCUUUUUCCUGGCCUAUCUCGUGUCGCCAGCUACUUGUCACAGAUUCGUUGGGUAUCUCGAAGAGGAGGCAACAAACACUUACACCAUGGCCAUACAAGAUCUGGACAAGGGUCUGAUACCAGCUUGGAACAAAUUACAAGCACCAGAUAUUGCUGUCAAAUACUGGAACAUGCCCGAAGGACACCGAACUAUGCGAGAUCUUCUGCUGUAUGUCAGAGCAGAUGAAGCAAAGCAUAGGGAGAUUCAUCACACACUCGGCAAUCUCAACCAGGCCGAGGACCCAAAUCCAUUCGUGUCAGAAUACAAGGACGCCUCGAAACCGCAUCCCAGUAACGGUUUCGAGAAUCUGAGGAGCAAAGGAUGGGAGAGAGAAGACGUGGUGUAA